AUGGCUUCUUAUGAGAUUCGCAAGUAUCAAGAGAAUGACAGAAAAACCGUCCUGGACUUGUUUUCCAGUGGCUUGUUGGAGCAUAUCCCUGCCACCUUCCGCUACACGCUGAUUCUGCCCCAAACCCUUCUGUUCAUUUUUGGGGUGCUCCUCUCUGUAUUCCUGGCCUCUGGUUCCUGGCUCCUGGUCAUUGUAUCCAGCCUCAUUCUGCUCGUUUUCCUGUGGUUCCUGGCCGGAUACACCUGGAAGAAGCGUGUGAAUGAAUGUUUGUCCACAGACCUGGCUGACAUCACCAAAUCCUACCUGAGUGAAUGUGGCUCCUGUUUCUGGGUGGCUGAGUCUGGGGGUAAGGUGGUGGGCAUUGUAUGUGCUCUGUUGGCGGAGAAGCACCCACUGGGCAAGAAGCGGCUGCGGCUGCGGCAUCUGUCUGUGUCCUGGGAGCGUCGCAGAGAGGGGAUAGGGAAAGCCCUGGUCAGGACUGUCCUCCAGUUUGCUCGGGAACAGGGCUGCAGUGAAGUUGUCCUUAGCACUAGUAUGCUGCAGUAUGAUGCUCUGGGCCUCUACCAGAGCAUGGGCUUCCAGAAGACAGGCCAUUCCUUCUAUACCAGGUUCUCAAGGCUGAGGGGUACCCCUUUAUUUCAUCUCACAUACCAGUUCCCUUCUGCUCGGGAUGGAGGCCUGUAACUGUUUGUCUUGUGUAUCAGUCAGUAUCUAAUCAGCUCUGCUAUAGUAACAAGCAAACCCUGACAUCUCAGUGAUAUAAACAAUAAAAAUAUAUUGUUCACACAUA